CGUAUUGUUUUCGUUACAAAUUUUCUGCAAUUUCCUGUCUCAAGAAAAACCAGUAAAAAAAAAAAAUAAUACUCAAAGGGCUUAAAACCCGAACUCCAUUGCGUAUGUGCAAAUGCGUGAUAAUAAUUUUUCGUGAUUUGAAGAUAUUCUUUGCUCUUUUUAUUUAGAAAAAUUCGAGAUUUUUAUUUCUUUUGGAGCUAAGAUAUUUUUCAUAACUGUGCACUCUGUUGCAUUAUCUGAAUUUAAAACGAGAUGGAGGCAUAAUUAGAUGUGGAGAAAAAAAGGAAAAAUAACAACAGUAGAGAACAGCUGCGAAGAGCAACCUUUGCCAGUGCGAACGCCUUGGUCUGCGAGUAGUGGUGUAGUGAGUUUGAGUUAUAGGUUAGGUUGUACCUGACUACGUAACGAGAUAGAAUUCUUGUGUUGCGGGCUGAAAGCCUGUGAAAUUCGACAACCAUGUGGUACGAAAUUAUUCCACCGAUGCUGAUAAUAGGCUUGAUACCAGUAUUUCCUCAAUGGGCAACAUAUUACAUCAAUCAAUUCGUCCUCGGAAACCCAAUGCGUAGGGACAUGAGAGAUAUAUGGGAUCGCCAUAUGUUUACAAGAGACUGUCGCAUCGACGGAGCCCCUUGGAAAAAUAGGGGACUAGAGAAUAUUCCUGAUGAUUAAGGCUACAAAUACAAGCACAAAAUGGAUAUAAUUGUAGUAAUAUGGUACAUCGGGUGGAACAGACAAGUUAUCAUCUAAUUAUAACUUACAUACAAUAUAACAAAGUGAUAUAAAUUAAUGAAUUGUAUAUAUAGUGCAUAAAAGUACAUUAUACUAUAUUAAAUUUA